AUGACCCAGAAUAUCCUCGUUCAGAAAGGGAUGGAUGUCCCUCAGGCGCAGAUUCAAGCUCGCAAAACAUCACACCCGCAACCGAGGCAAACAGAAGCGCAAACCCAAGGUAAACUCGUCUUCGACCGAGACAGAUCACGAUACCUGCAAGAAGGAUUCUGGGCCGCCAUGUACGACGAGAUCGGAGACCUGAAAUACACUCUCGAAUCCGAACCACGACUAUCCAAAGAUUUCUUCCUCUUUCCCAACAUCGACCACGACCGCACGCUCAGUCGAGCCCAUCCGCCCAUCUUAGAAGGCGACUUCCUAAUCCAGACCUACAUUGACAAAGUCGACCCUUUUGUCCGCAUCCUCCAUAAGCCGACGCUGCUUCGCGAUCUAAACCAUUUCCGCCGCGGCAUCCUCCCUGACGCGCACGAAUUCGAGUGCGGUCUCUUCGCCGUCUACGCGCUGGCACUGCUCCCACUGUGUUCGACCGUGGUUGAGUACCGGCUCCACGAACCCAAAGCGGCCUUGUUAUCCAAGUAUCGCAGCUACGUGGAGCACGGGCUGAGUCGGUUGAACCUGACUACCACGCAGUCAUUGUCUACGCUGAGGACGUUUGUGUUGUAUAUUACUCUAUUGUUCUGGACAGGCGAGAUGCUUCACGUGAGCACCCUCUUGGCUGUCGCAUUCACCAUAGCCCGACGCAUGGGCUUCAACCGCGACGGCACGCACUUCCCCAUUUCGCAUUGGCAGACGGAACUCCGUCGAAGGCUGUGGCACCACCUCGUGCUGCUCGAUGCAUGGUGUGUCGAGAACCACGGCUUACAACCGACAAUCCACUCAGGCGAGUCGGACGUGUGUCUGCCACUGAACUGCAACGAUUCUUCCUGGGAUACGUCCGAGUUCGCCUCGAGCCGGCCGGAUGUCCAGGCUGGAGCGUUUACCGAGAUGACGCCGGCGCUCGUGCAGUAUGAGUUGUCAGCCCUGGCGACAUUCGUGCUCGCCCACCCGUAUACACCGGCAACCUCUGUUCGAGACUACCUAGACCUGCAGUCCGAGGUGGUGCGGCAGGCGAGGCAGCGGCUGGAGAUCGCAUACCUGCGCACUCUGGACGAGGGAAAUAUUCUCCAGAGAUUGACGCGAGAUCUUCACGACCAUGCUUUCAGACGGAUAGCGUUGAUGCAGCUGGCGCCCAUUAUGAGUGCGAAAGGCCUGGACGAACGGGAGAGGGUCGGACUCGAGGCAAAGCUAUAUCAACUCGCCAUCGACUAUUGCAAGAUGUCGAACCAUCUCACGGAAUUUUAUACACCGCACAGCCUUGACUGGGUCAUUGUACGAGCCUUCUCCUGGCACUCCGUUGCGACCUUGCUGUCUAUGGUGCUACGCCAUGAAGCAUUGAGUAACAGCCUCGAAGCUCGGGCCGCAAGGUACCGUAUUGAGCGUCUGUUUCGGAAUCGACCGUCCGUUGACUUUCUCGCCGUAAACGAUAACUUGUGGCAGCCGUUGCAGAAGCUGAGGGAUGAGCUCGCGGCUAGAGAAAGCUCCGUGCUGACACCAGGGAGAUACGAGUUGUUUGGCUCCGAAGAUGCGGCAGAUGCCGUCUCGGUGACUUCAACGACCAUCGAUCCGUCAUUGUUCGGGCCGGUUGAUGAAGGUCUUCCCCAUAUCGAAGGCUGGGGAGAUGGUGCGGUGACAGACAGCUUUGUUCUCGACGCCUUUGCCGAGAAAUUCUAG